AUGGAAGAAGAAUUGUACGACAUGCAUUCGGAGGAUGAUAGAGCUCUUGCUGAGAAUAAUAAGAAAAGGAAAGUCAAGACACGUGCUCAGGUUGAAGCUUUGGAGAAACUUUAUAAUGAACACAAAUAUCCUACAGAAUCGAUAAAAUUACAACUUGCUGAGUCGACAGGGUUGACGGAAAAGCAAAUUUCUGGGUGGUUUUGUCACAGAAGGUUGAAAGACAAGAGGUUGUCAAAUGAAAAAACCUACGAGUUUGGAAGACAGGAUCAUUCAAGCAGAGGUAUACAGGAUCGGGGCAGUGGACAGAGGCUAGAUUCCUGUGGUAGCACAAAGCAGGGAGAUGAUAGGAAUUCUGAUACCAGGGAAGUUGAAAGUGGGAGGUUAACCGUCCAAGAAUUUUCUGCUGCAGAGCUUACUUAUGAGCAUGGCAGUCACUAUACUGGAAACUAUGAUCCUACGGAUGAUGCAUCUUCAGGAGGUAGUUCUUUGUUAAGGAACAUUUCUUCUCAUCAUAAUGGGGAUCCUUCUGAUAUGGCAACCUCAAGGUACCUAAAACCAAAGAUUCCGGUGGAUACCAAGCAUGUAAAAGCCAGGCCUGGCCCAUCUGGUUACUUGAAAGUGAAGGAUCAGGUUGAGAACCCUGCUAUAACUGCUGUUAAGAGGCAGCUAGGGACGCAAUAUCGGGAGGAUGGUCCACCACUUGGUAUUGAAUUUGAGCCACUUCCAUUUGGUGCGUUUGAGUCCUCAAUGCAGGAUCCUGUUAAUGAACCUUACUAUGAUGGAGAACCUGUUCUGCAAGCAUCGCCUGAUGACUCAAAAAUCCAGAGGCAGCCUAAUUUUGGCAAGGGAUGUGAAUACAGUUCCAACACAGUCUCUCGUUACUCUAAUGUGGAUAGAACCAGUUUCAAAAUGCAGCAUUGGUCUGAUAUUCCCGGGAAUAACUUGCAGCAAAAAUUUGGUCAGAAGCCAAAUUUAUCCGAUCACAGUGAAUAUUGUCCCGAGGGCUUUUCUGAGGGUUUUGCAAGAGAUAGACCAGGUUUCAAGAGCAGGGAAGACCACCGAAGGAAGCUACAUGAGGAUUCUGUAUCUGGCCAACAAGAUUACAUUGAGCAUGAGUCUUCAAAUUUGACAAUAAAAGGCAAAGAAUAUCACUAUAUUAGCGAGAAAGAGCUUUCUCGGCGAAUUAUUAAGAGUGGCAUGGAUUUUGGAGAAACGAGGGUAGUGAAUGACAAUUGUGAGCCAGUUCGAGCAAAGAUGUCCCUGAAGAAUGAAAUAAGAGCUGCAAAAAGAGUGAAGGGUGAAUUUCUUAAGCUGCAUGGGAAGGGAUCAUCAGUGCUAGAUAACCAACCAUGGUCACAUCAUGUUAUGAGGUCUGCUGUGAAGAAGCCAUCUAGUGUUAGCGAAGAUGUUGAAAGUGCAGAAACGAGUUCAAAUGGUAGUCGUUAG